UUUUAAAAUAUUUAUUACACACUCCCUCAUUAAUUUUCUUUUACAUUUUUCUUCUCAUUUCUUGUACUACUUACAAACACAUUUAUUUUAUUUUUUCAUUUUUCCAAUCCGUUAUUUUUCGAUCGGACUAGUUCGUGUGUGUAGUAGUCGUUCAACUGACUCUGUCCACCCCCCCCCCUUCCCAAAAAUUUUUUUCUUUUUUCUUUUUUCUGAUCUUCGCCCUCCCAAUUUUCCUUCCAAAAAAUCGAAUUAUAUAAACGUUUAAAAGUACUAAAAAUUAAAUUUAAAAUAGUUUAACCGACCAUUGGUCGAUGUUUGUAACUGCUAUAAAGUCUAAAAGACUGUUUAGCACAAAUUCAAGACCAAAAAAUUUUAAUCGACCCAAAAUUUCUUUAUUAAUUUGUUUUUGGUUUAUUUUAUCAACUAGCAACUUUUUUAUUAUUUGUUGGACACAAAUGGCUAAUAAAAAUUUUAAUUUAAUCAAAAAAGGUGGUGGAUGUUCUUACGAGAUCCCAGAUGCUCAAGAUUUAAUUUUUGGAGUUCCCUUUGUUCACAUUUCUUCUCCCUCAACUCAUUCUUCUCCACUUCCUCGUCAUCAUUCUUUAAGGGCGCGCAAAAAGAGGUUUAGACGUGAUUUGGUUAAAGGACGGGAAUUUAGACAAUUACGAAUUAAAUUGUAUUUUGACCCUGUCAGCAUAUUACCGUUAACUUCACUGUUGCCUGAUGCUAUUGGAUUUUGGGAGGUAUUAUUUAAUUUAUUUUAUUUAAAUUUUGGGUAG